CUCAUGAUCGAUCAUUCUACGCCAACUCUACCUCUCAAAAAAUCGCUUCUGCAUUAUCGGUAAUCGAUGCCCUAACUUCUGCGCCCGAGAUUCCCUCGAUUGUCUACACGCCCCUAGGCAUGAAAUUCAAAUAAGCAUCCUUCACAAUAAGAAAAGAGUUAAGCUACCUUGCUAUACCGACACCACCAACAAGAGCCCACGACCCUCUUUUCUUUUGCGCCUAUCUUUUUUACCCUUUCCUCUCUUUCAACCACAUCAGCUUCUUUUCUUCUUUCCUCUCUCUCUCCUUUUUGCUUCUUCCCUUCUUUUUUCGUGCGCCUCGGGUUUCUUUCUUCCCCCUUUCAUUCUCUUCGUCCUUUUCUAAGAGGGAGGUCCCAAACUCCCCCUCCCCCCUCUUGGCAAACGACGCGACCAUCACCAAUAAUAAUGUCGUCGCUCGAAGCCAAGAUCGUCGUCCUCGGCGCCCAGGGCGUUGGGAAGACGUCUCUGGUUAUGAGAUACUGCAAGGGCGCAUUCAACCCGGCUCAGAUCACUUCUACCGUCGGCGCCAGCUUUCUCACGAAGCGCGUCGUUGACUCUGACUCCGAUACCGUUGUGCGCCUUCAGAUAUGGGAUACAGCCGGCCAAGAACGCUUUCGUUCUAUCUCCCGCCUGUACUAUCGCGGCGCAAACGCCUGCAUCCUCUGCUAUAGCAUCACAGACGCACAGUCAUUCGCCGAUAUGGGUGUAUGGCUCAUGGAACUUCGACGAAACCUCCCUCACGAUGUCGUUCUUCACGUAGUCGGUACAAAAGCCGACAUUGUCGCCCGCGAUCCCUCAGCCCGCCAGGUCCCAUUCGAACGUUGUAUCGCAUACGUUGCUGAGAACCUUGCCCCAGGCAUGGGCAGCACGCCACCUCCGACCGCAACCCCUUACCACGUACCGACGCCUAUGUCAGGUGGCCAGGCGAUGUCUCCCCCGUCUAUGGAGCCUCGGAGCCCCAGCUCGAAGCGUAGCUCUGGUUUCUGGGCACAGGAAGUUGGCUGGGACGCCUGUCAUGAAAUCAGCGCCGAAACAGGAGAGGGUGUCGAGGAAGUAUUUCGUGUUGUCACACGCAAGCUUGUUGAGCAGAACCGCAAGAUGCAGCAGGCCCUUCUAAUGGCCACUGCCAUCCCUGGUACCCCAGGUUACGAAGCCGGCAUGGACGGAGGCUAUUUUGCGGGUGCAGACGCACGAGGGAGUUUCCGAGUAGGCCGCGAUCGUCGAAGUUGGCUCUUCUCGCCAGGUUUCUCGCCCGCCGUUACGGUCGAGCAGGCGGGAACCCAAGAGCAGACACAAGCAGACGGCUGGGAUCGAAAAGAGCGCAAGAAGUGCUGUUGAUUUUCUUGAUUGCCAUUACCAAACUUGACGAACGAAGACGAUAUGAUGGAAAGAGAUGUAGACGUUGUAUGGACAUAAGAAACGAGGUCAUGUCUGCAACGAAUUCCCCCACGGCAACGACGGAAGAGGAGCUUUAGGAUGGUUUCGACGACUGAGCGCAUAUGUUUGAUACCCGGUCUUUUUUCGUGUUUCUUUUUUUUUUGUUUUGUUUUAUAGGUCAUGUUUUGCGGGUUGGUUCACAGUCGGGGUGUUUUUUCGUCUUUGGUACUGGCAGCCUGGUCCCGGCUCAUUUACUAUUUCUGUACGCAAUGCAUAAUUCCUUUCCUCGUUUCUCUUCUCUUCUCUUAUCUUCAUUCAGUUCAUGCAUGGUGCAUCAGGCGGGUCAUCUUUUGUUCUACUGUUUCUCAAUUGGGAGUUGGACGAGAGGGUCAUGAGAGGUAGAUUUUUCCAUUUCUGACUUGGAACAUACUAUGCAUUACUAUUUUGUUCAAACAUGACCA